GUGAUAUCUUCCGGUUCGAAGAAAACCCGGACACUUGCAGGGUGCUGCAUGUAUCGAUUGGCAUUGAGAAUCUCAGUUGUCGAAUUAAGACCUAAAGAAUUUCCGCGCAGCUGGCGCUUGUUAAACAUGGAGACCAUUGUCGGUAGCCGGGACAGGGAGGAGAAUGGGACUGGAAAUUCGCACCAUCUGCUCUUCAUACCGAUGAUUAUGCAGGCGCAUUUUGCCCCGGCCAUCAGACUCGCAGAGAAACUCUCAGCGAGAGGAUUGAAGAUCAUUAUCGUGACCAUCAGUAAGCAUGCGGAGUCAUUGAACAAAAUUUACACCCCCGAAGGACUCCUGAAGCUCGGGCUAAGCGUCGAAGUUGUCGAGGAUCCAAAGAUCGAUCCCAAACUUCCUGGCGCCUGGAGUCCCCUCAAUGUGGCCAAAUGCAUGGAGGAGAGUUGCCGGCCCCUGCAGCAGAGGCUUCUUGGGAAAAAGAAGGCCGGGUCGCCUUAUCCCACUUGCAUGCUUGCCGACAAAUUCUUCACCUGGUCGAAGGAGUAUGCAGAGCAGCUCGACAUUCCGAGGUAUGCGUAUAUCAGUUACGCAGCUGUGACUACAAGACUCAUGCAGGUAUAUCACGAAUUUGAAGACGACCUGAAGCAGAUACCAGAUGGACCCGGCUGGCAGCGAGGCUGGUACGAAAUCUUCCAUGGCAAGCCGGGUCUUGAGUUUCUGUCGUCAGCGAGUGAUCUACCAGGAGUCAGUCGAUCGAGUGGCUGGUUCGACUUUGUCAUUGAGGUUGGCAGAACCAUUUGCACUGCAGAUGGCGUUGUGAUGAAUUCUUUCAGCGAACUGGAGAGUAAAGCUGUCGAGGCAAUUCGAAAUGGCUCCUCCGGGAGCAGGCGUCAAAAGGCGACGCGGGUGUUUCCUAUUGGGCCGAUCUCCGAUCUGAGAAGCUUCAGAAACGAGUCAUACGUCAGUAAUACGGAUGAUUCUCAUGCGGAGUGUAUGGAGUGGCUCGAGAAACAGCCCACCAAAUCAGUUCUCUACGUGUGUUUGGGGAGUCAAGUUGUAUUGGAGAAGGAGCAAAUUGGACAUUUUGCUCGAGCUUUGGAUGCUAGCCAACAGACAUUCCUCUGGGUUCUGUCGAAGCGGCGCGGCAACUUCAGUAUUCUGGACGACGUUCUCCCCGAAGGCUUUCUGACUCGAACAUGCGGUCGCGGCCUGGUCGUGACCGGAUGGGUCGGGCAGCUCCAGGUGCUGGCUCACCCGUCCGUCGUCGGGUUUGUGUCGCACUGCGGGUGGCAGUCCGUUCUCGAGAGCAUGACAUUUGGUGUGCCGAUAAUAGGCUGGCCACAUGGGGCCGAACAGCACUUCAAUUGCAGAUACGUACAACAGGUUCUCAAAGCCGGCAUCGGAAUCAGAGAUGUUGACAACAGGGCGUUGAUAGUUGACCAACUAGAAUUCGAAAACGCAUUUAAAUUAUUUUCGCGUGAAAAACUGGGAAAAGCCUUAGCGUUCAAUGCCGCCAGUUUCGCCCGGAAAGCUGCGGCAGCCGUGUCAAGGGGUGGAUCUUCCAACGAGGCAAUAGACGAGUUGAUUGAGUCAAUCAAACAACCAAGAGAAAUUCAUGAAAACUAAGGCCAUCGACCUGCCAUCGACUAAGGUUAUCUACCCAUGCCGCCCUUGGAUGUUAGUUCACUUCGAUCGAAAAAAAAAGGUUUUACUAUACAAAUAUAAAAAGAAUACAACUUGAACUUUAUUCAAAGUUAUACUCGGUGUGCAUUGAGCGAACAUCAAAGGUAGCUGGC